GUAGCCAUUUUGUGGCGAGGGGACUACAACUUUCCCAGAGACCAAGGGCGAUUCUGAGGCACCGCACGGAGCUGCCGCUGCCGCCGCUUCUUUCUCCCCCCCCUCCCCCUGCACGCGAGCCGGAGAAGUCCUGGGGAAAUAGCUCGCGAGCCCUUGCGCUGACCGAGCGGGAGAUGUAGCAGGACGAGGCUGAGUUGGCUCGCCAGGCGAGGGGGGAGGGCAAGGGAGGACAAUUAAAGAGCUUAGCAGACACAGAAAGGAGAAGAGCUGGCGACAGAGCGUGUCGUGAAAGCAGGGAUUGUCUUCAAAUUCGUCGCCGGGAUUUCUGGCCGGGCACCGUCAGCUGCCCUCGGCGCCUCCAGCUGGAGAGGCGACCCCGACGUGCUUGCACGACGACUGGAGGGACGAUCGGAAGGCGGCUGUAAAUGUGCAUCAGCUUCUCCUUUGGAUACGGCCGCGGGGUUGCAUAUGGAGUGAUAUUUUUUGCGGCUGGUAGCACGCUACGAAUUGAGGCAAAGCCCUAACCCUUCUCUCCCCUCCUUCCUUCCUUCCUUUUCCCCCACCUCAGUCUGCCUGCCUGCCUGCCUGCCUAUAUACCUAAUAUAAUAUUUUUUUCACACACACAAAAAAAUCGGGCCAUUUAAAGUUGCUGUUGGAAAGCUGCUCUUGGUUGUGUGUGUACGUGUGUGUGUACGUGUGUGUGUGUCUGUGUGGGAACUGAAGAAGCGGAGACUCAUACAGUGUGUGCAGCCUUCAUUGCUGCUGGAGUUGUCUGUGCUGCAGCAGUAGAAACGUGACUUCCAACAUUUAAAAAAAUCUUCCCAUUUUAUUCUUUUAUUAUUAUUAUUAUUAUUAUUUUUUGCAAGAUGCCAACGACACCUCGGACACUACGGGCCUGCGUUUCUCUUUAGUGGAUUGGGAAAGAAACGGGGGUCGUCAAGGGUGCUUUUUUGUGUGUAUGUGUUUAGGGUGUAAAAUUUCGAUUAUUAAUGUUUCUCUAAAGUGAUUUGUUUUGGUGGUCUGCUUUGCAUUUGGCUUUUUGCUUUUUUGACCCCACCACCCGACAUAUUUUGGAUUUAUUGGAACCAGAAUUGUAUUGUUUGCGAAGAAAGCCGGAUUACAAGAAACCACUACAAACAAGAAACAAACAGAAAAAGGAUAUUUUCCCCCCAAAUUGGUUGCGGCUUUUAAUUCAUGAAGCAAUUGUCCCCAUUUGCAAUCAGAAUCUGGAUAUCAGAAUGAGCAAAGAAAGACCCAAGAGGAAUAUAAUUCAAAAGAAAUACGAUGAUAGUGAUGGAAUUCCAUGGUCGGAGGAGAGGGUGGUACGAAAAGUCCUUUAUUUAUCCCUAAAGGAAUUCAAGAAUGCGCAAAAGAGGCAACAUGGUGAUGGCAUUAAUGGGAGUCUCAAAGGUGUGAAUGGACUCCUUAGUAAUGGCCAGUCUAAAGGAUUACGACCGGGGUCCGAACAGCUAGAGAAUGAGAAGGAUGAUGCAUCACAGGUGUCCUCAACUAGCAAUGACAUUAGUUCUUCAGAUUUUGAAGAAGGGCCAUCAAGAAAAAGGCCAAGGCUGCAAGCACAAAGAAAGUUUGCUCAGUCUCAGCCAAACAGCCCCAGCACAACUCCAAUAAAGAUAGUGGAACCUUUAUUGCCCCCUCCAGCUACACAGAUUUCUGACCUCUCCAAAAGGAAGCCCAAGACAGAAGACUUCCUGACAUUUCUCUGCCUUCGAGGUUCUCCUGCCCUGCCCAGCAACAUGGUAUAUUUUGGAAGCUCUCAAGAUGAGGAGGACGAAGAGGAAGAAGAAGAGGAAGAAGCAGAGGACACAAAGGUGGCCACAAAUAAUGUUUCUUCAUCAUGCCAGUCGACCCCCAGGAAAGGGAAAACACAGAAGCAAGUUCCUAAUGGGCAUGUCUUCAAUGGAUCUAGCAAAUCAACGAAAGAGAGAGAACCUGUCCAGAAACACAAAAUCAAAGAGGCAACGCCAGCAAAGGAGAGAAACAGUGAACACAGGUCUGAGAGUCGGAAAGAUCAAGCUGCUGCUAAUCAUCAUUCUGCAUCUAAUGCAGGCAUCUCCACAAAAGGGCUCACUGCGAACAACCACCACACCCUUCAUCGAUCGGCUCAGGACUUAAGGAAGCAGGUUUCAAAGGUCAAUGGUAUCACUCGAUUGUCAUCUCUGAGUGCAAACACAGCCAGUGCCAAAAAGAUGAGAGAAGUCAGACCUUCACCGUCCAAAACUGUGAAGUACACUGCAACAGUGACAAAGGGAACUGUCACAUACACCAAAGCCAAGAAAGAACUGGUCAAGGAAACCAAACUAAAUCACCACAAACCCAGUUCAGCUGUCAACCAUACAAUCUCAGGGAAAAUGGAAAGUAGCAAUGCAAAAACCCGCAAACAGGUGCUAUCCCUUGGAACGGCUAAGUCCAACAAUACCGCUGUUAAUGGCGUCAAAGUCAAUGGCAAGUGGAACCAAAAGACAUGCACUAAGGAGGUUGGGAGGCAGUUGAGGGAGGGGCUGCGCAAUUCAAAAAGGAGGCUGGAAGAGGCAAACCACAUAGACAAAACCCAGUCGCCAAGCAAGAAGAUAAAAGGGGCAGCAGCCAGCAUGGCUGAAGCCCCGAGUAGAAAGGCACCCCCCAUGGAGAAACCUUUGCUGAAUGGCCAUGUGAAAAAGCCUGGGAGUCAGGAAGUGCCACAGAAAAGUCUGGAAAGAAACAGGCCGAAGAGAGCUGCUGCUGGGAAGAACACGCCAGGGAAACAAGCACAUAGCAAAACUGAAAAUGCCUCCUGUGAAAAUAAUUAUUCUACCUCUCAAACUGAGUCCUUGCACAAGCCACAUGACUCAACGGGGAAGCACGACAAGGGUAGCAUCAAGCCUGGGGGGCCCACGAUGGAGGAGAUUCCUAUCCUCAGACCUUCCCCAAAGGAGUUCCAUGACCCGUUGAUAUACAUUGAAUCGAUCCGUACUCAGGUUGAGAAGUAUGGGAUGUGCAGGGUGAUUCCUCCUCCCGACUGGAGACCUGAGUGCAAGCUGAAUGAAGAAAUGCGGUUUGUGACCCAGAUUCAGCACAUUCAUAAGCUGGGCAGGCGCUGGGGGCCCAAUGUGCAGCGGCUGGCCUGUAUCAAGAAGCACCUCAAAUCUCAGGGCAUUACUAUGGAUGAGCUUCCACUCAUAGGAGGCUGCGAACUAGAUUUGGCCUGCUUUUUCCAGUUGAUCAACGAAAUGGGGGGCAUGCAGCAAGUGACUGAUCUCAAGAAAUGGAACAAGCUGGCAGACAUGUUGCGUAUCCCCAAAACUGCACAGGACAGGUUAGCAAAGCUGCAGGAGGCAUACUGCCAGUACUUGCUCUCCUAUGACUCCCUCUCGACUGAGGAGCACAAGAGACUGGAAAAGGAAGUCCUCUUUGAAAAGGAGCUCCUAGAAAAGCGGAAAGGCCCUCUGGAGGUCCAUUCAGAUAACAACUAUGAAUUUCAGUCUCUGCCCCGGUAUGAGCCCAAAAAUGGACUCAUUAACGGUGUGGUUCAUAAAAAUGGCUUCCGGAACAAGGCGAAAGAAGUCGAAGUCCCACAGAAAACGGGCAGGCGGCGACUCUUCUCUCAGGAAAAAGAGAUCGUGAAGGAAGAGGAGGAAGAUAAAGGUGUUCUUGGUGACCUCCACAAAUGUAUAUAUAAGGGAAGGUCUGUUUCUUUAACAACCUUUUACCGAACAGCAAGAAAUAUCAUGAACAUGUGCUUCAGCAAGGAGCCAACCGCAGCUGAAAUAGAGCAAGAAUAUUGGAGGUUAGUGGAACAGAAGGAUUGCCAUGUAGCAGUGCACUGUGGGAAAGUGGACACCAACACCCAUGGGAGUGGCUUUCCUGUGGGAAAAUCAGAACCGUUCUCAAGGCAUGGAUGGAACCUAACAGUCCUUCCUAAUAACACGGGAUCCAUCCUGCGACAUCUUGGUGCUGUGCCUGGAGUGACAAUUCCAUGGCUAAAUAUUGGCAUGGUCUUUUCUACCUCAUGCUGGUCUCGAGACCAAAAUCACCUUCCAUAUAUUGACUACUUACACACUGGUGCUGAUUGCAUUUGGUAUUCCAUUCCUGCUGCAGAGGAGAAAAAACUUGAUAAAGUGGUACAUACCUUGCUGCAAGCCAAUGGCACUCCAGGGCUGGAAAUGCUUGAAAGUAAUGUCAUGAUCUCCCCAGAGGUGUUGUGCAAAGAGGGGAUCAAGGUGCACCGUACUGUACAACAGAGCGGGCAGUUCAUUGUCUGCUUCCCGGGAUCUUUUGUGUCUAAAGUGUGCUGUGGCUACAACGUCUCUGAAACUGUGCACUUUGCUACCACCCAGUGGACAAGCAUGGGUUUUAAAACUGCCAAGGAAAUGAAGCGGCGACAUAUACCCAAGCCAUUUUCAAUGGAGAAACUGCUUUAUCAGAUUGCAACAGCAGAAGCAAAGAAAGAAAAUGGAACUGCUCUGAGUACAAUAUCAAUACUUCUAGGAGAGCUCAGGGACACAGAAUUGAGGCAGCGGCGGCAACUCUACGAGGCAGGCCUCCAUUCUUUGGCCCGCUACGGGAGCCACGAUAGCAGCAGUUUGGGAGUGGAUGGGAAGAAGAAGCCUCGGAAAUGGCAGUUAGAGACGUCUGAGAGGCGCUGUCAGAUUUGCCAGCACCUGUGUUACCUAUCCAUGGUUGUACAGGAAAAUGAAAAUGUUGUCUUCUGCCUCGAAUGUGCCCUAAGGCAUGUAGAAAAACAGAAGUCUUGUCGUGGACUGAAACUAAUGUAUCGUUAUGAUGAGGAACAAAUAAUCAGUUUAGUCAAUCAAAUUUGUGGAAAAGUAUCUGGCAAAAAUGGCACCAUUGAGAACUGUAUCAGCAAGCCUACACCAAAAAGAGGACCUCGGAAAAGAGCAACAGUUGACGUGCCAUCAAGACUUUCAUCCUCCAGUUCAUCCAAAAGUGCUUCAAGUUAAUCAUGAAGAUGCCAACACACUCUCUCAUUUUUGUCAAUUUUAUAUAUAUAUUUUGUAAUUAUUAUAUCAUAGUUUGGAGUACUUGCUGUAGAAUACAAGCUGUCUUUGCACUAGCUCUAAAGAAGAUUUUCUUCUGGUUUUAGAGAACUAAUUUUGUUUUAGCAUUAAACUGUUGAAUUUUAUUUUUAUUUUAUUUUUUACUUAGGAUAGUUAGAUAUAGCAGGUUUUUUUUAACCUGCUGUAUGUUCACUGUUUUAAAAGCAGAGAGGGGCUGAUAAAAUUCAUUUAUAUUUUGUCCCUCUGCCUGAAAUUAAAAAGCCUUUUCUGUCAGUAACUGUAAAAAAGGCUUUUAUCCCCCUCCCAGUUUUUUUUAUAGGUUGAAGUUUGGCGUGUUUAUAAUUUGUUCUCCAGUCAUGUCAGCAGAUUUUUUUUCUAUAGAGAGAAAAGGGAUAGGAGACAAAACUUGAAAGAAAUUGCUAUACUUCUGGCUUGUAUUCUGUAACAGGCAGGAUAAGUUUUGUACCUUUUUAAAUUGGAGAAUACACGAUUUUAUUUAAGAGGUUAUGGCAGCUGAAGAUGGAUUUAGUUUUCUAACCCUAGGCAAAAUGGGAGAUUUGGAGAAAAUGUUCUCUGUUACCAGCACUUCACUAUGCAUCUGUUCGAGGAGGAGAAGAAAGAGAAGAAAAAGACUGCCUACCUUGAGGAGUCAUGUGAGCGAAAACUGUGCCUGAUUUCAUUAGGAAAUCCAUUCUGUUAUUUUUUUGGUGCUGUUGGCUACUUUAUCAAAAACCCUUCAAUAGCAUCCUUUAAAAAAUGAUUGAAGCCAUAAGUGCUUCUUGUCAUAGACGUGCAAUCUUUAACAUUCCAUUUCCAUUCCACUGCUGUUUCUUUCAUACCUUUUCACAGUCAGCAUUAAUUUUGUUUUUGUUAUAUGAUCACAUUUAGAGCCACUAGCAGACUUGCAUAUUUGUUUUGAAUGUGAAAAAUGCAUUUGCUCUCAUCUUGUCUAUUUUUUUUCUUCUUCAUGUUGUAACAAAAAGAAAUCAUACCUUUUGUACAUAAACCUGUAAAUUGUUUUAAAUACUUGAGCCUUUUCUUGGGAGGGUGGGGAAGGGUGGCAAAGAGACAAGAUGAAGAAAAGCCUUACGUUUCACUUUCUUCAUCGGUUGGAUUGGAUGCUUACAGGGUUUUUCUUGUAACAUUUAUAAGUGCUGCUUACAUCACUGAACAACAACAAAAAUAAUAAUGGAGUAGUUGUUGCCCUUUUCCAGUUGUGUGUACAGUAUGUGUGGAAUAAAAAAGGGAAAAUGUUUUCACAAA